AUGACUGAAUCAGGUGAAACGGAUAUCUGGAGAGACACAUGGGUGCGCUACUUAGGGUAUGCCAAUGAGGUAGGGGAAUCCUUCCGAGCACUGGUCUCCUACAAGAUCGUUCGGUUCAGCUAUGUAGUGGCCUUUGCAUACACCUUCGCCGAUACUGGGGACAAAAGUUACAAAAUGUUAAAGACAGAUGGCCGACCAAAAAAAGUGCUUAUAGAAGCGGGUGACGUUCUCAUAUGGCAGACGCUGGCAUCUGUUAUCAUACCCGGCUUCGUCAUUAACAGGUUGUGCGCAUAUUCUUCAAUGGGUCUGAAGAGAUUUACAAAAAUAUCACCUAUGACUAGGAAUUGGAUGGCAGUGGGUAUUGGGCUGUCAUCCAUUCCUUUCAUAGUCCGGCCCAUAGACUCAGGCACCACGUGGUUUAUGGAUUCCACUUACCGACGAUGGGUCAAGAACGAGCUCUAA